CGCGAGAGCACAUCCCAGGGUAUCGCGAGAACUGCUUCGGCGUUCUGGGUACAGGUUCGGGGCCCGGGUCUCUUCCGCGGAAACUGACAUUGCGUUUCCGUUGUCGGCCUCCCACUGCAGUAUCACCUUCUCCCCCAAGUGUGACAACCAAAGAUGUCUCCAGAUAUUGCCAGAUGUCCUCUUGGAAGCAAGAUCGCUCUGGGUUGAGAUCCACAGAGCUAAACGUUUUAGAGUACCAACCAUUGUGUGCUGUGAGGUAAAGGAGCCAUAUAUUGAAGACCAUGUCUGGGAGCUUCUACUUUGUAAUUGUUGGCCACCAUGAUAAUCCAGUUUUUGAAAUGGAGUUUUUGCCAGCUGGGAAGGCAGAAUCCAAAGACGACCAUCGUCAUCUGAACCAGUUCAUAGCUCAUGCUGCUCUCGACCUCGUAGAUGAGAACAUGUGGCUAUCGAACAACAUGUACUUGAAAACUGUGGACAAGUUCAACGAGUGGUUUGUGUCAGCAUUUGUCACUGCGGGGCAUAUGAGGUUUAUUAUGCUUCAUGACAUAAGACAAGAAGAUGGAAUAAAGAACUUCUUUACUGAUGUUUAUGAUUUAUAUAUAAAGUUUUCAAUGAAUCCAUUUUAUGAACCCAAUUCUCCUAUUCGAUCAAGUGCAUUUGACAGAAAAGUUCAGUUUCUUGGGAAGAAACACCUUUUAAGCUGAAUGCAGAAAAUUCCAGAAUAAAUGAUGUCACCACAAUGGUGUAUACUCAGGAAUGUGUACAUUGUAAGUUACUUGAUUAAAUAGCCUGGAAAACUUUUGUGUAUUCUCAGCUUAUCUAAACCUAAUGAAAUUCCUUUUAUAUUUAAAAAUAGUACAUUCUGUCUCAUGUCACGUAUCAAUAGAUCAAUUGGUAUUUCCUUGUGAACAGUGUUAUUUAUAAAGAGCUCAUUAUCAAUAAUCUUUUUUUUUUUUUUCUGAUACAGAGUCUCACUCUGUUGCCAGGCUGGAGUGCAGUGGCGCAAUCUUGGCUCACUGCAACCUCCGCGUCCCAGGUUCAGGCGAUUCUCCUGCCUCAGCCUCCAAGUAGCUGGGACUACAGGCGCGUGCCACCACGCCCGGCUAAUUUUUGUAUUUUUAGUAGAGACAGGGUUUCACCAUAUUGGUCAGGCUGGUCUUGAACUCCUGACCUCGUGAUCUGCCUGCCUUGGCCUCCCAAAGUACUGGGAUUACAGGCGUGAGCCACCGUGCCCAACCAUGAAAUAUUUUUACUUAAAAAUUGGGAAUAAGCUUGCUUUUUUUUUUUUUGAGAUGGAGUCUUGCUCAUGUUGUGCAGGCUGUAGUGCAGUGGCACGAUCUUGGCUCACUGCAACCUCCACCUCCCGGGUUCAAGCAAUUCUCCUUCUUCAGCCUCCCGAGUAGCUGGGAUUAUAGGCGUGCACCACCACACCUGGCUAAUUUUUGUAUUUUUUAGUAGAGACAGGGUUUCACCAUAUUGGUCAGGCUGGUCUUGAACUCCUGACCUCGUGAUCCACCCACCUCAGCAAGUGCUGGGAUUACAGGCGUGAGCCACCACGCCCGGCCAUGAAAUAUUUUUACUUAAAAAUUGGGAAUAAGCUUUUUGGUUUUUUGUGGGGUUUUUUUUGUUUUGUUUUGUUUUGUUUUGUUUUGAGAUGGAGUCUUGCUCCUGUUGUGCAGGCUGGAGUGCAGUGGCACAAUCUUGGCUCACUGCAACCUCCACCUCCUGGGUUCAAGCAAUUCUCCUUCUUCAGCCUCCCGAGUAGCUGGGAUUACAGGCAUGUACCACCACACCUGGCUAAUUUUUGUGUUUUUAGUAGAGACGGGGUUUCGCUAUUUUGGCCAGGCUGGUUUCAAACUCCUGACCUCAGUUGAUCCACCCGCCUCAGCCUCUCAAAGUGCUAGGAUUACAGGCAUGAACCACCGUGCCCGGCCAGGAAUAAGCUUUUGACUUGCCCAAUUCAGAUAGGUUGAUCUUUGGGGUUUUUUUUUUUUUUGAGAUGGAGUUUCGCUCUGUUGUCCAGGCUGGAGUGCAAUGGCAGUUGUUUCACCGUAACCUCUGCCUCCUGACUUCAAGCAAUUCUCCUGCCUCAGCCUCCCAAAGUGCUGGGAUUACAGGUGUGAGCCACCGUGCCCGGCCCAGAUAGGUUGAUCUUAAUGUAACAACCCAAAAAUAAAUGUCAUAGUCAAGAUUUGGUAGAUAAAUUUAAAAUUAAAAUAUUCUGCAGUUGGGAGUGAAAUGUGAUAGCACAUACGCUGACAUUAUGCAUUUAGAGAUGUUAUAAAAAUGUAUAGGCAGUAUACACAGCACUACUCAAGAAGCCAAAGAAACACUUGUGCAGUGCUAAGUGUCACAUGUCUGCUUCCACCAGAGGCUAGGAAUAGUGAUCCUGCUAUAAUGUGAGAACCCAAAUCAUGUUUAUAAAAUAGGAGGCUGGGAGCAGUUGCAGGCCACAGUGAAGUGUGUUGCUUCUGUCACUUUAUAUUCUUAUAUUUCCUUUCCCUCAGACAGUAAACUGUUGAUACUCGUACUUCUAAAAAAUUGUAAGGCAAUUUUUAGUAUUGUUGUCAAAGAAAAGCUUGGAUUACAUUAACAUUUGUAUUCAGCCUUUUAGGUGAUACACCAGAGGGGGCUGGGAAUUGUCUCUUUGUUCCUAUGAUAAGUAGAUCUUAAUGUAAAAUAGUAAAUGUCCAUUGAAAAGCAAGUAAUACAGCCUGUGCUAAUUGGGAGCACUUGAACAAUUUUGUUCCAUUCUGAAUCACUUUUGAGCAAGUAAUUCUAAGCUUUGUCUUGUAUCCUUGUGUGAAAUUGCAUAAUUUUUACCCUAUUUGAUUUCUUAAAUAAAGAUGUUUGCUCAA